CUCCACCUAGCUGGUUUGAUUUCUAAACACAAGAAAACAUGCCCACCUCAUAAACAACCUCUUACAUGCACCCAUCACAUGGUUUUGCUUCCCAUGGAAAGGGACUGUUUAUGGAUUUGUUAAUAUAUAAUAGUCACUUCCUUUGCCAUCUAUCCAUCAGAGAAUCAGCAUUCAACGUUCUAAAUUCUAAAGAUUUCUUCCUUUGAUUUUUCACUAGAAAAGAAUACUUCCAAGCAACAAAAUGAUCAGUGCAAAGAAGCUCAUUAAACUGGCAAAGAAAUGGCAGAAGCUGGCUGCUCUAAGGCGUAAAAGAAUUGCUUUGCCACAAAUGGAUAGAAGCAGUUGUAGCGCAUCAGAAAUGGCUGAAAAGGGCCAUUUUGUUCUGUACUCAGCUGAUCGGAAACGCUUUUUGCUUCCUCUGAAUUAUCUUAACAGUAAGAUUGUCAGAGAGCUACUCAAACUGGCGGAAGAGGAAUUUGGACUACCUACCAAUGGGCCUCUCACAUUGCCCUGCGAUGCAGAGCUUAUAGAAUAUGUGAUUGCUUUAAUCAAACAGGGAAUCACAAGAGAUUUAGAGAAGGCAUUAUUGGUGUCCAUAGCCAUCAGUAGCUGCUCAAUGUUUUCGGAUCUCCAUCAUCAAGUAACAGACCAUCAAUUACCAAUCUGUAGCUUCUGAAGAGUGGAAUUAGAAUUGUAGACACUGUAUAAAUUGAUACAAGUAUAAAUUGAUAAAUUUUAGAGUCAGAAAAAAAUUAAAUUAUCAAGUUUAUAUUAAUACAAAUUCAGAGAAUUCACCAGCAA